GCCGGGGCGGCGGUUGGUUUCUCCUGGCAGCGGAGGCAGGGCCAGGCGCGGCGAGGGUGGGCGCGGAGUUGGCGGCGGGGCCGGGGGAGGCGGCGGCGGAGUUGGCUCCGGACGCGGCGGCUGGAGGUCUGCGGAGCGGAGCCGGCUUCGCCUCGCCUCUCCUCGCCGGCCGGAGCCGAAUGCGCCCGGAGGGGAAGGUCCCGUCGCGGGCCGGGCCGCCGCCGCCCGCCGGUGCCGGAGCGAUGUCGGGGCGCGAAGCCGAGCGCGGCGGGGCGCUGUGCCUGGGGCUGCUGCUGCACGUCCUGCUGGGCUGCGGCUCGGCUCAGCAGCCCGGAGGCUGCCCGGCCGGCUGCGAGUGCUCGGAGGCGGCCAAGACGGUGAAGUGCGUGAACGGCAACCUGACGGAGGUGCCGCCCGACCUGCCGCCCUACGUGCGCAACCUCUUCAUCACCGGCAACCCGCUGCGCCGCCUGCCCGCCGGCGCCUUCGCCGCCCAGCGCCUGGCCGAGCUGGGCGCCCUCAACCUCAGCGGCAACCACCUGCGGGUCGUGGAGGCCGGCGCCCUCUCGGCCCUGCCCGCCCUGCGGCAGCUGGACCUCAGCGGCAACCCGCUGGCGUCCCUCAGCCCGCAGGCCUUCGGCGAGGGCGGCAGCCCGCUGGAGGAGCUGGCCCUCCGCGGGGCUCUGCGCGACCAGGGCGCGCUGCUGGGGCUGGCCGCCCUGCUGCAGGCCGGGGCCCUGCGCAACCUCAGCCGCCUGGAGCUGUCCGACAACGGGCUGCUGCUGCUGCCCGCCGGCAUGUUCGGCGUGCUGCCCGCCCUGCGGCACCUGGACCUCAGCAACAACUCGCUGGUGGGGCUGCGGAACGUCUCCUUCCAGGGGCUGGGCCAGCUGCAGAGCCUCAACCUCAGCGACAACUCGCUGGGCGUGCUGAGGAACGGCACCCUGGCCCAGUGGCGCGGGCUGCCCGCCCUGCGGCGCAUCGGCUUCGGCCGCAAUGCCUGGGUCUGCGACUGCGCCAUCGAGGACCUGGUGGCCUGGCUCAAGGAGAGCGACCAGGUAGAGGGCAAGGAGGCCCUGACCUGUGCCCACCCAGAGAAGAUGCAGGGCAAAGCCCUGCUGAAGAUCAACGCCUCAGACCUGAACUGCUCUGUGCCCGUAGACCUGCCUUCCCAGCUACAGACUUCCUACGUCUUCUUAGGGAUAGUCUUGGCUCUCAUCGGGGCCAUCUUUCUCCUGGUUUUGUACUUGAACCGAAAAGGAAUCAAAAAGUGGAUGCAUAACAUCCGAGAUGCCUGUAGGGAUCACAUGGAGGGAUAUCACUACAGAUACGAGAUCAAUGCCGACCCCAGGUUAACAAACCUCAGCUCCAACUCAGAUGUCUGACAAAGCGCCGCGGAAGCGGGGCAACGCACAGUAGCUAUGCAUGAAAUGUAGACUGAUGCUUUACCCUUGUGCUUGCUUCCCUCUCCCUAGAGAAAUCUCAGACGUGCUUGCAAGAUGAGGGGGAUAUGCCUCCAUGUGAUGUUCAUUACCCUUCUCUCUUUGUUCUGAGAUGCUGGGCAGCUGCGCAUGGUGUUGGGCUGUAUGUAAGAAACAAGCUGCUACUUUUCCUCCUUACCUGUUUUCAUUGGUACUCGUGGGAAGCUUUUUCCAAGAUCUCAAAAGAAAAAAAGGAUUCUCUCUGUGAUGCUCCAAAGCCACAAGAGUUUAUAUUAUAUAUACAUAUAUAUAUAUAUACACACACAGAUACCAUUCAACAAAAGCUGCCUCAACUUUUUCGGAAAAAAGAUUACAAUCUUCUGUGCCACUUUUGGUCUUGUAUAUCUGAAUUGUGAUGACGAUGAUUCCAUUUCAUAGACUUACACUGAGUCUCAGAAAAACAAAGAAACUCCUUUUAACAAGUCCUCUGUAACAACGAAGGAAAUCAACUAGAGAGCAUGCACAAACACUUUAUAGUUUUACAUGUUAGGAAAUUUACAAUCUCACUAAGUCUCUUAGUAUUUUAUACUAAGUUAUUUUUGAUUGCAGUUUACCUGAAAAGACUUUUUUUUUUUUCUAUAUAAGCUGCAUCUAAACUCCGUCUGAACCGUUAAAUUCAAUAAACAGUCUUACAAGAACUUGUGUUGAAGUUUGCUGUUUAAUGAGAAAUGUAUGGACAUCUAAAAAUGUUAAUAACUUUAGAGUCUCGGGAGUAAUAGCCCUACGGUAGUAAUCUGAAUAAAAUUUUGUAUGAACGUGUAGCUUAGAGACAUAAAUAUUUAUGACAGUUUUGUGAAAUAGGCUUUAAGAAUUACACUGAUCAACGGCGAGAGUAGUUCCACUUGGCACAAAAGCCCCCAGUCUGCUCUCCCGAAACAACUGCAAAACGUCGAGACAGAUGCUAGUGUCUAUCUAGCUGGGAAGGUACGAGCUAAUAGAAUUUACAUAAGCUCUUCUCUACCAAAUUUCAAAACAUUCAAAUUAAAUUGCAGAGUUUGCAAGCUAAAGAAAAUUGUACUGGAAUGGAGGUGUUUGUUAUAAAAGAUAUGCUUGCAGGUCCUGAACUAAAUUAAAUGCAGCUCAGUCGUGUAGUCAGUGAGCUUCAGACCUGUAAGUCAGUGCAGCACAUAGUAAAUGAAGUUCUUGCUGUUUGAUUUUAAACUCUCAGUGCGAUCCUGUAGUGACUACAUUGAGUAACUCUAUGGAACUUUGCAUUUAUCUUAAGACUUCUUACAGGUACGUUUAAGUAUUGUGUAAUUUCUCAUGCUUAUUACUUGCUUGGGAAUGCAUUUUCAUGUAAAUAUAUGAAGCAUGCAAAGAAAAACUUCAGAAAUGCAUCAUUUACUAAUUCUGAAGGCAUAUUGAAAGGUUACCAAGAACCUUCCAGUGGCCGUCAGUAAUUAAUGCACUUUUCCUAAUAUAUUCUUAGAUUUUUAAUGAAAAAAAAUACACCAAAUGUGAAAGUGUAAUGUAAAUUGGUAUCUGUCAGUAUAUUGGUGGAGCUUUUUCCAUGGUCACUGUUAAUGGAAGCUCUUAAGCAUCUGAAAUUUUAUGAAUUAGGAGCAAAUUUCCUUCAUUUUCAAAAAUGACAGUUUUGUCAUAGAUAUAUGCCUUCAGUAAGAGCUCAUAAAUAUAAAAUAGUCCUUAAGGAAUCAGAAGAAAUAUCAUCUAUCUGGGGCAUCAGUAUUAUCCAAAUGCAUUUUUCUCUCCUUGUAACUUCAGACAUUGUCAAAACAAGUAGCACAAGUUGGUUUAGACUAAUUUUCUAUUUCUUUAAAUGGGCUUUAUUCAAUACCAGCAAUUUUUUUAAUGUGCUUUUGUACAUUUGCCCUCAAAAGUAAAAAAGAACAUUAAGUACAAUCAAUAUUUUGAUAAAUCAGUGUAUUCUAAAAUUAAUGUGUGUUCAACAAUAGCCUAUUUCUCCUGCUGUAUUUAAAUGUAUGAGCAAUACCUGAAUAACAGCAUAUGAAUUUAAGUUUGUGGAUUCUUAAAAGCAAACUUCUGGCCUGAAUGUUAGCUGCACAUAUUUUAAGAAUAGUGUAAAAAAGCCCGGUGUGAAUAAUUAUUACUGUGCAACUAUGCAAACUGUUCAUACUUAGCAUACAUCCAAUAGUUGAUGUAACAAGGUAGAGUUUACAAUAGCUAUGCAGUGUGCUGUGUUGUAUUGGUCAUGUUGGAGAUUAUCAAUUUCCACUCAUCUAUACAGUGCCAAGAGGAGAGGAGUGUCAUCCUUGCUUAAGAUGCUUCUCUAAUGUUAUAGAUAAAAUAUGUACAAACAAAGACUUUUCUCGGGCAAUUUGUAGUUUGUUUGUUUUCUUAACAGAUGCUUUCAAGUAACUGCAGCGAAAACCUAUGAUCCUUAAUGUGUUAAUGUAACAGACAUGCAUUUAUAGAACCGUGUAAGGAUGGGCAACGACUUGAAUCACAGUCUGUCACCACUGGACUGAGUAUUUGUAUAGUGAGCAAGUGUAACUCUUGUACCACACCUAUUAUUCUGAAGAUUAUUAUUAUUUUUGUAUCAUGGAACCUCAUUGUAAUAGACUUUAAUUAGAGACCUGGUGAUGGAGACUUUAAAAUAUUUUUUUUCAUUUGCUUAUAUGUGCAUUUGUUAGGAUAUAAGUUAGCAUGUGUGAAUAUUGUGAUGGAUGACAUUCUCUUACAGUGUUUGACCGACAGUGAAUGCUUUGGUGUUUUGUACAAUGCAUUUGGUCUUAAAUCCCCUUCUAUAACCAGUGCUUGAGAUUUGUUUUCCUUUCCUAUUACAAAAUAGUUAUAGUGGUACUCAGAAGACAUUUAAAAAGUAGCUCCCAAAGUGCUUCAGAGCUUGGUUAAAAACUAUUCCAUUUAAAAUAGCAUUAGUUUAAGGGUUCUUCUGAAGCAUAUUUUAUUCUGCUUUGACACCUAAAACUUCAAUUGAUUACUAUUUCCAGAGCAGCUUAGCCAGGCUGUUUUAUUCAUUCAUUCUUCAAUAAAACACGUGCAGUACUAAA